GCCCCCUAACUUCUAACCUAUACCAGUGAUUACGUGAAAAUCUAUAGUAAAUAUGUAAACACUUUUAAAAUGGAAAGCUUUUUCACUAAAAUAGAAAAUAAAGACGCGUUUUGCAAGUUUAUACACGAAUGUAUCGAUGAUCUAAUUGGUAGAAGAAAAAUAGAGUUAAAAACGUACAAGGGAGAAAUAGAAUCGUCAAAUGAACAUUUUCAGAAAGCCGUAACGAUAAUACAGGAUCUGUAUUCUAAAACUGCUCUCAGUAAGACUCAAAAAUAUGAGCUAAAAGUUCCAAAUUUGAAAAACGAAUAUCAGUCAUGCUUACAAGAAUGUUAUGAUAUACGGAAAGAUGAAAUUGAACAAUGCCUUUUCAAGAAGGAAUUAUCUAAAUGUAAUCAAUUGUUUGUUGAAAAUAUUGAUUGGAAACUAAAGUGGAUAAUGGGUAGUUCUACUCUUUCUACUCUGAAUAAGCCCAUUUUACAGAUGCAGUUGCAUUGUUUGAAACGACAAAGUGAUAUUACUCAACCAUGCAUUUAUUUUGAAAUGGAAGUACAACAAGUAGAAAAACUUAUAACAGCACUAGAAAAGGUCCAAAAAAAGUUAAUUGAAUUAAAGUAAUUAUAAUUUAUAUCU